CGAGCUGACUUGUUUACUGCUGGAGGGACACACGGAGAGAGACAGGAGUCCAUAUGAGACACAACGACCAAUUUUACCCACUUUUUUGUCUACUUUCCACUUUAUUGGCGCGGCUAUUUCAGAUGUAUUUAACGGGAAAGAGGUCCGUUUGUCGGCGUGGUUUGAUUCUGGGUGUCGGGAGGCUUUAAGACUCUCAUUAAUGACGGCGAGGCGCUCACACGUCCAAGACAAACCGCACCAUUUUGGCUCGGAAAAACACAAAAUAGACGCUUUCCCAACGCUGGAUUGAAUGUGACUCGUUUUGAAACGGAGGAUCUCCCGUGUGUGAGAGUGUUUCAGGGGAAAACGUGUGUGCAUUUUAGCCCCUAUCUGGAGAAUUAACAGCGAACUUGUGGUUAAGGAGGAAAACAGAGCAGCGCGUGAAACUAGACGAACUGUGGAUUAAUGCCCAUUUAUCCUGGAACAUAUUGAAGUUGGCUCAAUAAUAACUCACUGGGAUAUCUACAUAACAGGAAAAAACUGUCUAAAUCUGUAUUAAAAAACCCCAAACUUGUGUGAGAUCUAUAAGCUCGGCGUGUUUUUGACCAAUACUGGAGAGAGUAACUGGAAUUUCACGGAGGAACCUGCAGGCCUAAUAAACACAUGUCAGAUUUCUCUCGGCUCAAACCAUCUGGAUUUUUUUUUUUUUUUAUUAUUUCUGUUUUGAAGAGGAUGUCCACAUAACCCGCUACAAUGAAGAAUUGCGUCCAUUUGCUUUUUUGCAAGAAUAAAAGAUCACAUUGUUUAAUUGCAGUCCGCUGUAUAGUGCAGAAGUAGGACGCGGGAUAAAUUGAGGUAGAGGAGCUGAGAUCAGACUGAAGCACCACGUUGGGCUUGUGGUCCGUGUUUGGGCCGCUUUGCCUCAACUUUUCCCAACUUUCCACUGGACUUAUUUGACUGUUAUUUAAUUGUUAUUUCUCUUUUGAUAAUCGGUCAUUUGUUGAAAAGCUUUAAAGGCACUACAAACAGGAUUUAAGGAUUUUUUUUCUCCCUGCAAAGUAAAAAGAAACCCGUUUGAAGGCACAAUGCGACCCAACUCGUCACUGGUUGUUUUCCUCACUUUUCUCAGCCUUCUGUGGCAUUCUGGAUCUUUGCAUGCAGAAAUCUGCCCCAGCAAAGACAUCCGGAACGACGUGACCAACCUGCGCACUCUGGAGAACUGCACAGUGAUCGAGGGCCACCUGAAGAUCCUGCUCAUGUUCAAGACCCGAGCUGACGACUUCCGCGGCCUGAGCUUCCCCAAGCUGGUGAUGAUCACCGACUACCUGCUGCUGUUCCGCGUCUACGGCCUAGAGAGCCUUAGGGAUCUGUUUCCCAACCUCGCCGUCAUCCGCGGCAACAACCUGUUCUUCAACUACGCCUUGGUGAUCUUCGAGAUGCUGCAGCUGAAGGAGGUGGGGCUUUAUGGUCUGAUGAACAUAACUCGCGGAGCCGUGCGCAUGGAGAAGAACCCCGACCUCUGCUACCUCUCCACUCUCGACUGGUCCAAGAUCCUAGACUCGGUGGAGGACAACUACAUUGUGGCGAACAAAAACGAGCGCGAGUGCGGCGACAUCUGUCCCGGAACCAUCGCCGGAAAGAUCACGUGCGUCCAGACCACCAUCAACGGCCAUUACGGAGAGCGCUGCUGGAACCAGGAUCACUGUCAGAGGAUUUGUCCUGCUGUGUGUAAACAUCACACCUGCACAUCAUCUAAUCAGUGCUGUCAUGAGCAGUGUCUGGGAGGGUGCACAGAGCCUAACAAUGCCAAGGCGUGUGUGGCAUGUCAUCACUACCUGCAUGGAGACAAGUGUGUGGAGCGAUGUCCUCCCGGUUACUACACCUUUAAAGGGUGGCGCUGCGUCUCCUUCCAGUUCUGUCAGGAACUUCACAACAACUGCAAACAGGCCAAGAACAAAGACUGUCACCAGUACGUCAUCCACGAUGGAGCAUGUAUCCCAGAAUGCCCCUCAGGAUAUACCGUCAUGGACUCCACGUUAAACUGUACUCUGUGCGCUGGACUCUGUCCUAAACUGUGUACCGGAGUGCAGACCAUCGACUCGGUGACGGCAGCUCAGGCUUUGCGUGGAUGCACCGUCCUCAACGGCAGCCUCAUCAUAAAGAUCCGUGGUGGCAAUAACAUUGCGGCAGAACUGGAGGCCAACCUGGGUCAGUUGGAGGAGAUCACAGGCAACCUGACCAUCCGCAGGGCUUACGCUCUCGUCUCACUGUCCUUCCUCCGGAAACUCCGCCUCAUCCGUGGAGAGGCUCCAGAAGUCGGGAACUACUCGUUUUAUGCGCUGGAUAAUCAGAACUUGCGCCAGCUCUGGGACUGGUCCAAACACAACUUGACCAUCCAGCAGGGCCGCAUGUUCUUCCACUACAACCCCAAACUCUGCCUGUCUGAGAUCCACAAAAUGGAGGAAGUGACGGGGACCAGAGAACGACAAAUCAAGAACGACAUUGGACCUCGCACCAACGGAGAUCAGGCCUCCUGUGAAAACCAGCUUCUGAAUUUUACCAGCAUCCGUACCAUGGCCAAACACAUACUGAUCACAUGGGAGCCAUUUUGGCCUCGUGACUUCAGAGACCUGCUGGGCUUCAUGGUGCUGUAUAAAGAAGCUCCGUAUCAGAACGUGACCGAGUACGAUGGACAGGACGCUUGUGGUUCUAACAGUUGGAUGAUCACGGACGUGGAGCCGCCAGAGAGGACGUCAGACAUGAAGCGUGACCCCGGCUGUCUCCUGAUGCAGCUGAAGCCGUGGACCCAGUAUGCCAUCAUGGUGAAAACGCAGCUGUCGGUCUCUGAUGACCAGCAGGUUCAAGGAGCCAAGAGCAAGAUCAUCUAUGUCCGCACCAACGCCAGCCGACCCUCUGUGCCUCUGGACCCCAUCUCCUCCUCUAACUCUUCAUCUCAGAUCAUUCUGAAGUGGAAACCCCCCACAGAGCCUAACGGGAACAUCACACAUUACCGUGUGUCCUACCAGAAACAAGGGGAGGACAGCGAGCUCUACAAGUAUGACUACUGCCAGAAAGGAAUGAAGCUGCCAUCACGCACUCCAACCAACCCCAGCCCAGAUAUCAACCUGAAGUGGAAUAAGACUGAGGAUCACAACCACGAGAAGGAGAAGUGUUGCAGUUGCCCCAAGACCGAGACGCAGCUGAAGAAGGAGGCAGAGGAGCGCGAGUUCCGCAAAACCUUUGAGAACUACAUUCAUAACGAGGUGUUCGAACCCAAAUCCCACCGUCGUCGUCGCUCAGUGGGCGUGGCUAACUUCACUCUCUCCACAACCUUGACCCCACCCCCUCACUUGGCCAACGGGUCCUCCCCUACUCCGAAGCCAGAGGAGAAGUUGGUGCUGAAGGUCAUCGGUAAAGAAUCAAUAGUCAUCUCGAACCUGCAUCACUUCACCAGCUACCAGAUUGAGAUCCAGGCUUGUAACCACCCAGAGAACCUGGAUUUCUGCAGUGUGGCCACCUUCGUCAGUGCUCGCACCAUGCCCGAGGUCAAAGCAGACAACAUUGUAGGUCAUGUGACUCAUGAGAUCCCGCCUGAAGAGACUGAGUUUGUGUACAUCAAAUGGCAAGAGCCCAAAUCCCCAAAUGGCAUGAUCAUCCUGUAUGAGGUCAACUACCAUCGGCUGUCUGAAAAUGAGGAGCUGCAUCACUGUGUAUCGAGGAUCAGUUAUGAGAAGAAUGGAGGUUGUAAAUUGAGAGUUGGACACCCAGGGAAUUACAGUGUGCGAAUCCGAGCCACUUCACUGGCAGGAAACGGGUCCUGGACCGAGCCAGUUUACUUCUUCAUGCCUGACAACAACAUGAAUAUGAAGAUCAUCUUGGUCCCACUGAUUCUACUCGUCUUCUCGAUCAUUAUUGGAAGCACCGUCUGUUUCGUGCUCAGGAAAAAACAAACUGAAGGACCAACUGGCCCCUUAAUCGCCUCUUCGAACCCAGAGUAUAUCAGUGCAAACGAUGUGUACAUUCCUGAUGACUGGGAGGUGGCACGUGAGAAGAUCAAUCUUCUGCGUGAGCUUGGUCAGGGCUCCUUCGGCAUGGUGUACGAGGGCAUCGCUAAAGAUAUCGUAAAAGGCGAAUCGGAGACACGGGUGGCCGUCAAAACAGUUAACGAAUCUGCGAGUCUGCGCGAGAGGAUCGAAUUCCUUAAUGAAGCCUCAGUCAUGAAGGCAUUCAGCUGCCACCAUGUGGUGCGUCUGCUGGGGGUAGUAUCAAAAGGACAGCCAACAUUGGUGGUAAUGGAACUGAUGACACACGGAGAUCUGAAGAGUUAUCUGCGCUGCCUCAGACCUGAUUCUGAGACUAAUCCCGGCCGUAGUCCUCCUACACUCAGCGACAUGAUCCAGAUGGCUGCAGAGAUUGCAGAUGGCAUGGCCUACCUCAACGCAAAGAAGUUCGUGCACAGAGACCUCGCCGCUCGCAACUGCAUGGUGGCUGAGGACCUCACUGUGAAGAUAGGAGAUUUUGGAAUGACCCGGGACAUUUACGAGACGGAUUAUUAUCGUAAAGGAGGAAAAGGCCUGUUGCCGGUCAGAUGGAUGGCUCCUGAGUCGCUAAAAGACGGAGUGUUCACUGCUCAAUCAGACUGCUGGUCAUUUGGUGUGGUUCUAUGGGAGAUCAGUACGUUAGCAGAGCAGCCAUAUCAGGGCCUCUCCAAUGAGCAGGUGCUCAAAUUUGUCAUGGAUGGAGGAUAUCUGGAUCGGCCAGAGAACUGCGCUGAGAGGAUGCACAACCUGAUGCAGAUGUGCUGGCAAUACAACCCAAAGAUGCGUCCCACCUUCACUGAGAUUAUUGAGAUGCUGAAGGAUGAUCUUCAUCCGUCGUUUCAGGAGCUCUCGUUCUUCUACAGCGAGGAGAACAAACCUCCUGAAAGUGAGGAGUUUGACAUGGACUUUGAGAACAUGGAGAGCAUCCCGCUGGACCCAUCCUCAUACAACCAGAGGGAGGAAGGGAGCUUCAGCCGAGACAGCGGCCCCUACGAUGAGCACGUGCCCUACACGCACAUGAACGGGGGCAAGAAAAAUGGCCGAAUCCUCUCUCUGCCUCGCUCCAGCCCUUCAUAACAUUUCCUCAUUGCGCUGCUCUGUUUUUCUUUAUCUGUUUUUCUUAGAUUUUAAUUGUAAUAUUUUUUUCAGAGGCCCUUAAAACAGAUCUCAGGUCUUUUUUUCUUAUUUUUUGGACUUCCUUCCUGCUGUGGCGACAUGGUUGCAAAACGUCUUUUCUCCAGAUUCAUCCAUAUCGCAGUUCGCUUUCUUCUCAUUUCAUUUUGCCAAGUUUCCUGGUCGAUGGAGAAAUAAUUAAAAAAAGAAAAAACUGUGAAUACGAACCUCUGAAAACCAGAAGGCUGCUUCAGCUAAACCUCUUUUCCCACUCAACCUUUUUUUGUCUUUCUUUUUUUUCCUUCUUUAAUUUUUUCAGAUUUUCAGAUUGUGGCCUUUAAUGAGUGGCCUACAAAACAAAGAGAAUAUCCAUUUCCUCUGAGCAAUGACUUUAAAGACUGUAUCGGAGGACUUCUGGAUGAGGGACGGCACAGACUACAGACUAUUCUAAGAACAAACAUCAUCUUUGCGUAAAGGAGGAUUUUACUUCUGGAGGAUCCUCGGUCCUUUUCGCCGAUCCACUCUGGUGUUUGGUGAAUGCGUUGUUAAUUUAUUGGCUUUUGCUUCCUCUUCUUAGUUUUUGCUUGUAUCCUUUUUUAUGACUGAAGGAUAUUUAAAACAGUUAAGGAUUGGACAGGGGCGUUUCCUCAAGACUGACCAAAAAGCUGCUGCUUUGAUAUCUAAUGGGUAUAAAUAUAUAAUAUAUACAAUAUAUAG